CAGAGCAUGUUGGAGCGGGCGGCGGGCGCGGGGGGCGGCCUGUUGCCCUCCUUCAUGAACCAGGUGCCCAGCUACCUGUCGCUGCCGCUGCCGCUGCGCAACUCGGCGCCGCUCGACCCCAACGUCAAGAGCUUCCAGGCGGGGCUCCAGGACGCCGUCUGGGGGUCCCCGGGCUGCCUCCGCGGCCAGCUCAGCACGGCCGCCCUGCUGCAGGACGCACUGUCGCCGCCACACGCCCGCCUGCUGUACCAGCAGGGCCCCAACUGGAGGGGCCUCUUCUCCAGCGAGGAGGGCGCCGACCUGAGCGAGCUCGUGGCCAGGCUCGUGUUCUGCUUCUCCCCCGCCGCGUGCUGGGACAACCUGUGCCUCGACCUGGCCCCCGGCAACAAGUACGACGGCCACGUGGUGGCCACGCAGUGCUCCACCCUGGGCAUCAAGACCGCCGUCAACGGCAUCGGCGGCAUCCACGUCGUCUUCCCGAUCCUGGAGCAGGCCGCCCGGGGCAAGGUCGACGAGGAGGUGCCGGUCAUCCCGUCCUCGCACCAGCGCCUGUCCAUCACCGCGUCGGGCACCGGGACCAUCGUCCACCCUUCUGAGGACUUGGACGACUGGGAGGUCCUGCCGUCCAGCUCGUAUGCAGACUGGAAACUGGAACUGAACCCUGUAUCUGGGUUUUUAUCAUAUCUGCGUAACUUGCUGUUUGGAUCCCCACUCAAUCAAGAGCAGCUACUGCGCAACCAUGGAGCUGCAAUUUUAGGCCACUUGCUUAGUGAAGUCAAGCCUUCACUUUUGGAUGUGAAUGUGUUAAUGGUUGCACAGCUUCUGCUGGAGAUGGCUCGAGAUGCUGGUAAUCCAGCACUGUUGCGAGCUUUGCAUCAACAUGUUCUCUUUAACUUCAGUAUCUGGUCCCGUGGACCAUUUCAUAUCAGAAUUGGGCACAUUCAGUAUAUUUCUUCUGUGAUCAAGGAAGACCGAAAGGCUUUCAGAAAACGAUAUGGUGUUCAAUUUUUGUUGGAUGCUAUUCGUACUCAUCAUUCCGCACCUGGAGACUUGGUUGGGGCCGAUGAUGGCCGAGCUCUAAGACUGGCUAUUCUACGGCUUAUAAGAUACUACAUUUCAAAGGAAGUCAACAUCAAGGAAGUCACAGCAAUCAUAGGAUUCUUGACUUCUGUAAAAGAAGAAACUCUUGUUCUGGAGGUUUUAGAAAUGCUCAUUCUGCAUCUUGAGGGUCAGUGCAAAGAUCAGUUGUAUCUUUUGCUGUUUGAACCUCAUGCUGCAGACCUUUUGUAUUGCCUGCUCAUAGAUCGUAGAUUUAGUAUGGACCUGAAGCAAAAGGUUCUUAAGUUAACGUCAGUAUUAUUGCGGACUGAUAGGGUUUAUGAACCGCAUAAGAAACGCUUACGCCUGCAUGAUAGUGUCCUUGGAUUAGUUGGAGUAGGCAUUGGUAUGUACCCAGGCCUGAUAGCUCUUCUUGGUGAUCAGGAGCUGUCUAUGGAAGUGGCUGCAAUGCUUCUUGAUCAGAUGUUGCUCACAGAAACUCCAGCAAGCUAUGCUGCAGCCCUUUCUCUUUUGCAUUCCCUAUCAUUAGCUAAAUUGGAAAUAAAAGUUGAGGCUGCGAGGAAGAUUCUUACAACACUUUUCAUGCGACCAAAUGCCCCUGCAGCCCUAGCCAAACAAGUUGGAUGGCAGGACUGUGUAUCUCGGCUCCUUGUGAAGCGACCAAUAUCGACGGCUCCCACUUCCGUCGAAGACUCUUCUCUCCCAGAUUUGAUGACUUUUGAUGAAGACGUCUUUGAGAUGGAUAUGGACAAAGUUUCCCUCAUUCAUCGCUCACACUCUCCAUCAUCUGUUUCAAGAAUAUCAGCAUCGGUCUCAGAUGCUGCAUCCAUGCUUGAGAGUGAAAUAAAAGACGUGGCCGAGUCAGUGACGAUCGCCAUCGGGGACAACAUCCAGUUCGCGGCGGACAACAUCAGCUCCGUCAUGGCCUCGGCGUACUCGGUGUUCCGCCAGAAGACGGUGGAGAUGCAGGAGAGCCUGGAGGGCCUGGGCGAGAGCGCCGUGCACCGCCUCAAGAACGGGCGCAGCGUGUCCAGCGUGUCGUCGCUCGGCCACGGCAGCCUCGGCGAGCGGGCCUCCAUCUCGGCCUCGACCGACUCCGUCUCCACCAGCCCCUACGCCUCGGCCUCGGCCAGCCCGGGCAACCGCUCGCGCUGUAGCAGCAGCUCCGAGGACAUGUCGUCGGCGGCCGCCGAGAGCAGCAGGGCCUCGCUGUCCACGACGUCCGUGACGGACGGCGCCGCGCAGUCGGGGCCCGCGCCGCCGGACGCGGACAGCGACGCGGAGGAGCAGAGGGACGCCCUGCGGCAGUGGGUGGCGCUGGACGCGGACCGGCAGGGCGACCGCGAGGAGGACCUGUGCUACUGGGUGCUCAACAUCUUGUUCACCACGCUGUGGCGCGGCGUGGAGACGGGCAGCAGGGACUGCUGGCGGGAGCGCGGGCAGGUGAUGGCCUGCAUCAACCUGCUGGGCCUCAACAACGAGCUGCACGGCUCGCACCUGCAGCUGAAGCUCCGCCUGCUGGAGAUGGGCGUCCAGGCGGCGCUGUCCGACCUGCGCGAGUCGGCGUCGACGGCCACCUCCUCCAGCGGGGCCGCCCCCGCCGCACCGCACGCCACGGCCGCCGACAACGCGGCGCAGCUGCUGCGCUGGGUGUACGACCUGGUGGUGCUGGACCCCAACCCGGACUGCUCCAAGAAGGUGUCGACCAAGCUGCUGGACGGCGUGCUGGGGCUGCUGGACGCGCUGCUCGUCUUCCACGACGGGCCGCAGGACGAGUGGACGGAAAUGGCCAAACUUUCUUUCGGCAUUCUGCUAAGCUGCGCCGCGGGCCCCCAGCUGGACCUGUGCGCCAUGGCGACGGCCAAGCUCCACGCGCUAGUGCAGACGCGGCGCCUCGCCACCCAGGAGGAGAGCGCCUACCUGCUGUACUACCUGGACGGCGUCGUGCAGGAGACCCUUAAAGGGGAAAAUCAGGAGCAUUACUCAUUCCUGAUCCCCGUGGUGAAAGCGCUAGUGGAGAAGCUGUCGGCGCCGCUGUGUGUGCCGCAGUACUGCCUGGACAUUCCCUCGACCGCGGGCCACGUCUUCUUCGAGGAGUUCCAGAGCUACAGCCAGGGCGGCCAGUGGCGCCAGUUCGUCGAGCAGAAGGUGAAGCCGCUGCACGAUUCCUACAAGGCCACGCUGUCCUCGCAGGUGACCGAGGCCAUGAACACCUUCUGGGCCGAGUGCUACGAGGCGUCCAAGGCGUCCGCCCUCAAGCGCCACCGCGAGGUGGCCGCCAGCAAAAUCCGCUUCCAGGAGCAAAUCGGCGUGCCGUUCCGCGCGCGCGCCGCCGAAGACAACGUGCGGUACGGCAACGUGCAGAGCCAGCAGCGCAACCGGCAGCUCUUGGUGCGCCGACAGUGGAGGACCACCAGCAGCUUCCUCAGCGGGCCGCGCGGAUCGUGGCGACACAGGACUCCGGAGGAGCGACACUGGAAGCUGUCCCACCACGAGAACUUCUCCCGCAUGCGGCUAAAGCUGUGCCCCAGCCUGGCCUUCAACCGCCACACUGACGCCAGCAACCUGAGGGACAACACAGGCUGGCUGUCGCGGCGGCGCUCGUCGGAGACCCCGCUGUCCCUGUCGUCCUGGUCGGCCGCCGUGCGCGCGGAGCUGGACGACGACGCGUUGCCGGAGGAGGACCUGCGCUCGCUGCUGUCGGAGCCGGAGCCGGCUGAGGAGGUGACCCGGGAGGAGAAGCUGGUGCUGUCGCAGGAGUGCGAGCUGGUGACGCUGAUGACGUCGGUGAGGGGCAAGCUGGACCUCACCACCUCGCACGCCAGCUUCCACGACCUCAGCCCCCUGCAGGAGGACGGCGAGCGCCAGGACUUCAAAUGGCCGCUCUCGAGACUACGGGAAGUGCAUCUCAGGCGGUACAACCUCCGGCGCAGCGCGCUCGAGUUUUUCCUCAUGGACCAGACCAACUACUUCUUGAACUUCACGCCCAAGACGCGUAACAAGGUGUACUCCAGGAUCCUGGGGCUGCGACCGCCGAACCUCAUUCUGUCGAGCAGCCGAUCCCCGGCAGAAAUGCUGCGUGCGUCCGGACUCACUCAGAAGUGGGUCAACCGCGAAAUCUCAAACUUUGACUACCUCAUGCAGCUCAACACGAUCGCCGGCCGGUCGUACAACGACCUGUCGCAGUACCCCGUGUUCCCGUGGAUCCUGGCGGACUACACCUCCAAGGAGCUGGACCUCGAGAACCCCGCCACCUUCCGGGACCUCUCGAAGCCCAUCGGCGUCGUCAACCCCAAGAACGUGGCCGAGGUCAAGGCCAAGUACGACAACUUCGAAGAUCCGUCAGGCGUGAUCGCCAAGUUCCACUACGGCACGCACUACUCCAACAGCGCGGGCGUGCUGCACUACCUGGUCAGGGUGGAGCCCUUCACCUCGCUGCACAUCGAGCUGCAGAGCGGCCGCUUCGACGUGGCCGACCGCCAGUUCCACUCCAUCCCCCAGACCUGGAAGCUGCUCAUGGACAACCCCAACGACGUCAAGGAGCUCACGCCGGAGUUCUUCUACUUCCCCGAGUUCCUCAAGAACCUCAACGGGUUUGACCUGGGCUUGCUGCAAGGCACGAAGGAACGCGUCAAUGACGUCAUCCUGCCUCCGUGGGCCAGCAGCCCCGAGGACUUCAUCUUCAAGCACCGGAGAGCUCUGGAAUGUGAGUACGUCUCGGCGCACCUACACGAGUGGAUUGACCUCAUCUUUGGCUACAAGCAAAAGGGCGCGAAGGCAGUCGAAGCCCUCAACGUGUUCUACUACUGCAGCUACGAGGGUGCCGUGGACCUGGACGCGCUGAAGAGCGCCGUGGAGAGGGAGGCCAUGGAGGGCAUGAUCAACAACUUCGGGCAGACGCCGUGCCAGCUGCUGCGCGACCCCCACCCCCAGCGGCUGCCCCUGUCCGAGUCCGCCUCGCGGCAGCUGCGCCCGGACCUCACCCAGCACCUGGACAAGAUCCGCCCCUUCACCAUCAUGGAGCUGACGGCGGACCGGGACCCCGUGGCCUUCAUCUCGCAGCCGAGGGCCCAGCCACGGAACUUCCUGGCCCCCGCGCUGCCCGACCUGGUCGUCACCGUCACCAGGUCAGGCGUGGUGGGCGUGCACUCCUGGUUGGCCGUCGACCGCCACUCGCCGCGCGGGUUCACCUUCGACGUGGACCCCUCCGUCGGCAACGUCAAGACUCGCAAGAAGCUGCCCGCGCCGCCGCACCCCGCCGUGCCCGCCAGCUCGCACCUGUUCUGCGUGAGCCACGACGGCAAGGUGCUCGUCAGCGGCGGCCACUGGGACUGCAGUCUGCGCGGCUGGAGCAUCGCCAGGGCCAAGCCCCUCUUCUCCGUGGUCCGCCACUUCGACCUCGUCACCUGCGUGGCGCUGGACCGCUGCGGCUGGUUCCUGGUGACGGGCUCUCGGGACACCACCUGCGUCGUCUGGGACCUCGCCGGCGGCGGCGGCGCUGCAGACGCCGGCCUCGGCGGCGGUAUCGGCGCCCUGACCGUCGUCACUGGCGGCACGACGCCCGCGGCCGGGGGAGGCCCCUCGAACCCCGCCGCCCCCAAGCCCAUCCAGACGCUGUACGGCCACGACUCGGCCGUCACCUGCGUCGCCAUCAUGACCGAGUUGGACAUGGUGGUGUCGGGCUCGUCGGACGGCACCGUCAACGUGCACACCAUCCGCGAGGGGCAGUACCUGCGCACCCUGCACCCCGUCGGCUGCGUCGACCCGCAGGCCGAGAUCGCCUUCCUCACCCUGUCCCACCUGGGCCACAUAGCGUUCACCGCCAACGACCAGGCCAGCAACUCGGUGCACGUGUACAGUGUCAACGGCGUGCACCUGGGCAGCAAGUACGUGUCUGGUCGGGUGACUGGACUGGUGACUGUCGGCGAGAACGUGGUGGUGGUGGACGACGCGGGCGACCUCACCAUCAGCAGGCUCUACGGCCUGCGGCCGAUCUACGACGUGCCGCUGCACGUGCCCGUGCAGACCAUCAUGGUGACGCCGUCCAACACGCACCUGCUGCUGCCCCUGCGCGACGGCAACCUGGUCGUGGUGGGCGUCCCCCCUCACGGCUCCAGUUAGCGGUAGCACGCCCAGGGGGCGCCUGGCCGCGACCAGGACGCCGACAGACGGCUGGCCAUGUUCGCGUACCGGGUCCUCCCUGGGUCUGGGUCCCUGAACUAGGCCGCGAGGCCGUGGUCGGGAAAUCAAGGAUCUGAUGUGCAGGACAGCCCUCGGGACAGCCUCUGCGAACGAAGACGACUGAUUCUAAUGUGGCCUAGGAGCCAAGUAGGUUUACUCGUGUUAGUCAACGUUUAGGAAUGUAAUGUGAUUACUGUAGCCAGGAUUUUUUUUAGCCAGAGUCAGAUGACGAUAAGAUUUGUACCCCCGAGUUUUAGAUUUUCUUUGUUUCUCUGUACGAAAGAGAUUUUAGAGUGUUACUUGAUUGAUAGUAUUUUAUUUUUGCUUUAGAAACAUUUAGAAACAUGAAGCCAUACUUGAAACAUGUGAUGCUCAUUAUGAUUUCCUUUGUAAUUUAAAUUUUAUUAUUGUGUAAGUUUUUGUUGUUAUUGUUGUUGUUGUUGAACAUUACCCAGAAUCAGCAUGGUAUGAAAGAGGAUAGCUUAAUUAUUUUGAAGCUGCCCCAUUCAUCUGUGAAUUUAUUUAUGAUGGGUGAAAUAGGUUUUAUCAAUUGAUGGUAGGUUAAAAAAAUCUAUUGAUUAUAAACAAUAAUAUGAACAAUAAGAUGUGUUUUAUCAUCCAAUGCUUUAGAAACGUGUAAUUUGCUUGUUUGGGAAUGACAUACAUUAACCUACUGUGUAUAAGAAAGAAGUCUUCCAACACAAAUUAAUGAGUUAUUAUGAAUAGAAAGAUGCCAUCCAAAUUUCAUUCCUUUGAUUAGGGUAGAGUUUGUCUGAUAUUAGACAUGAUGGAGUUACAUGUGAUAUGUUCAGUGAACACAUAACUCUCCAGUCAAGCAUUUCUUUUAUUUAAGUUGUUGUUACUGCAUUGCUACAAGCGAUGAUUAAUGUUUGUUUCUUUUAGGGAUUUGACUCAAUGAAUUUUUAUUCAAACUAAAAGUUAUUGGGAAACAGUAAACUUAGCAAAAGUGCAUAGAAGGCAAAGCAAUUUUUAAGUAUCCUAACAUCCAACCAUGAUAAUAAUUUAUUGUAAACUUGCAUGGUGCUCUUGUUAUGUAUGAUUCAGUAUUUUAAAAUUAAUUUUUCUAAUUUAAAGAAAGAAAUUCUUGGACCCCUGCCCUCCUUAUUUAUAUUUUUUCCCUUUUGCCGAAUAAAACAAUUAAUAAAAAUGAA